AGGCUGAGUAAAAGUGUUCCCUGAGAAUUUCUAGAAAGUGCAGAAGAUUGUGAAAGCAUUGAGAUGCACGUGAACAAUCCUGAAGCGCUAAAAGUCUGGCUAACUGAUGUUCUGCAGCCAUUAUGUGAUGCUGAUCCGUCCGCCCUAGCCCGCUAUGUGUUGGCACUGCUGAAGAAGGACAAACCCAUCCGGGAGCUGACUCAGUGCAUGCUGGAGCAGUUGGAUGUAUUCCUCGGAGCUGAAACAAAACCAUUCUUAGACAAACUAAUUGCCGUGAUUAAAUCCGAAGAGUACAUCAAGGCACAAUCCCCAGGAGUUAAUCCUACUCCAGCAGUACCAGCUUCCCAAGCCAUUGCUCCCGCGCCACCAUCAUUAGAUCCCAUCAAACCAGUCAAAGGACCCCGAGAAUGCACCCCACCACUUGAUAAUAAGGCCAAAGAGACUGCAGGAGACAAAUUGAGCGAAAGUGAUAUAUCUCCAGUACAAAUAUCAUCUGUAUCUGAUGGUAAUAUGUCAACACCAUCGGGCACUGGAGGUGGUCAGGAACCGCCGCCGCCCAAGUUUGUGCCAUCAGUGGACCUGGUGCCGCAGAAGGAUGUUGUUGUGCCACCAUCCAACAAAGAUACCCGUCGUCGACGUGCAUCAAUGCGAUCUCGUUCACGAUCACGUUCACGUUCCUUCGAGCGCAACAGAAAAUCCCGAUCGCGUGAUAGGCGUCUGGCGGAGCGAGAAAAGAUUGGGCGUCAGUAUAGAAAGUCACCGUUGUCACGUAGAUAUGAUCGUCGUGAGAGAUCACCAAAACCAUAUGGGGGCGGUAGAAUUCGCAAUCGAAGUCACUCACAGUCACGCAGUCGAUCAGCUUCACCCAGAAAGAUAUCCCGAUCGAUGUCACCGAAUGCCACGGGCGAUGGAGCUGAGAUACGUGGUGGUGGCGGCGGCGGCGUAGGUGGAGGAGGACCAUCGAGUAAACGACAGAGAUGUAGGGAUUUUGAUGAGAAGGGAUACUGUAUGCGUGGUGAAACAUGUCCCUGGGAUCAUGGGGUGGACCCCGUUGUUCUGGAGGAUAUCAAUAAUCCCCUGAUAAUUGCUCAAUCAUCUGGACCGCAUAUGCGUGGAGUGAGUAGUGAAUACAAUCCUGAUGCUCCGGAUAUGUGGACACGUGGUGGUAGUUUUAUGGGUGGAGGACCCCGUUCGGGUGGACCACAUCGUGGUGGUUUAGCCGGUACUGGAACAUAUCCACGGGUUCCGGGUGCCAAUUUUAGACCUGGUGCUGGCUUUGCAUUCCCCCUGAAUCCAUCUGUGACAACACCACUGCAACGUGAACUGAUAUCCGUACCUGUUGUUGAUGCCAAUGGACCAGGAGGGGAUAUAUCGGCUCAGGUGAAGCGUCGUUUUGAGCCUGAAGAUACAGUGGCCAUUGCUGAGGGUCCGGCCAAGAGGAAACCAAUUGGGAGUCGUCUUGGGCCGAGAAUGGGAGGUGGUGGAAUGGCUGGUGGCGGUGGUGGUGGUGGUGGUCCUGGACCAAAGACCAAUUGUUCCUUGGAAAUUCGCAAAGUGCCAAGAGGUCUCAAUUCCAUUGCCCACUUGAACAAUCAUUUCUCAAAAUUCGGCAAAAUUGUCAACAUUCAGAUAUCCUAUGAUGGUGAUCCCGAAGCUGCUAUUGUCACCUUCUCAGAGCACUUUGAGGCCAAUGUGGCAUACCGGAGUACCGAGGCUGUUCUCAAUAAUCGCUUCAUUAAGGUGUUUUGGCAUGUUGCGGGCAACAAUAGUGGCAAUCAGGAUCAACAUGGGAAGGAUGAGCAGCACAAUAUGCAGCAGAAUCAGCGUAAGCCAUUCCCACCCAAUCAGUAUCAAGUUAACAAUCUGCCCGCAAAUCCCGUACCCGCAGCCGAUCCUAGUCAAAAUGCUCAUUCGCAAAUACCUGGUGGUGGACCACCAGUGGCAUCUACAUCAUCCGGGGUCAGUGUCACUACAACAGUGACACCCCAGACGGCAGGUGUGCCAACAAGUGCAGCAAAUGCUGCUGUGACAGCGGCUCAAUUGCGCCUAAAGACAAAUCGUCUUACGCGCAAUACAGCCGAAUUGAUGAGAAAGAAGCAGGAGGAGAAAGUGAAGGCGGCCGUUCAACUGGCACAUGGUUUGCACAAGAGAAAGCACGAGCUGCUGCAAGAGUCACUGAAGCAGAUGCGUUCGGCCCUUGAGUUGAUGGAUCGUGUGGAUAGUUCAGAUCCACAGCGUCCGCGUAUGAUGGCAUCCGUGAAGGAUUUGCAGGAUACCAUUGAGAAGUUGCGUGAGGAGAUAGCAGCGGAACAAGCUAAAAUUGCCAGUCAAACACAAAAUGUUCCACCAGGACGAAAGUCCAAGGAGCAGCAGCAGAAGGAGUUGCUUGAUGUCGAAUUAGAGCUUAUUGCCCAGCAACAGGAGGGUCAAGACACCACGGCCAUUCAGAAGAAAUUGCUUGAGAUGCAGAGGACGUAUCGUGUGGCACCGGCGAGGGCACAUUUUCCAGCUAGGGCACCUCGUGUACGACCUGCUCCGCCCGGAUCUACGAGUGUUGAUCGUCGUCCAACCACGCUCUACAUCACAGGAUUCCAAGCUGAAGACAACGAUGCCAUUCUUGGACAUUUUAAGCACUUUGGUGAGAUUACGAAAAAUGAAUUGGACGUGAGCGUUCCCCUCCUGACUAUCUCCUUCGCAACUCGUCUUCAUGCUGAACAAGCAAUGACUAGGGGUCGUGUUUUCAAAGAAAAACCACUCCAGAUCAGCUGGUCACCGAAGAAGGCAACAGAACUGGAUACGCAGAAGGUGGAUUCAAUUGGGGCGAAUGCAGAUGCCAUUGAGUCAUCGGAUAUGGAAACUGUGGAGCUGAGAAUUGAGGAUGAAGAGGAUGAGGACGCUGAAUCAGAAGAUCGUUCCUGGCGUCGUUGAAUGUUUUAUCUUUUUCCAAAAAAACAAAAAACAAACAAAAAAGAAUUAAAAAUUGCUUGAACCUUUCGGAAAGGGAAAAGAUUGUUUAAUACCAACAUAAGCUAAUUUUGAUGGUAUUGUGUACAUUUUUAUUUUCUUAAAAAAAUAAGGAAUUAUCUUGCAGAAUUUUCAGUUAAUUUUAAUUUAAUUUACACUCGUAAUUUCUUAAUACGAAUUAUUUUGCUUUUGUUUUUUUAUCCCCCUCAAGUUCUAUUUAAUUUUGAUGAAAUACCUUGAUAAAGAAAUAGCUGAUGAAUUGUGAAUUGAUUAUCUUUUGAAUUGUUUUGAGGAUAAUUGAUUGUUAUUUUGAGAAAAUGCUAAAAACCACUAUGAUUUUUAUUAAAAUUUUUAAAUAGCAUUUUUCUAAGAAAAUAUGAAAAGAAAAAUGAAAAAAAAUAUCCUAUUAAAAAUAAUAAUGAAUUUCAAAAAAAAAAAGAAAGAAAAAAUAAAGACACCGAAGAAAAUAAAUAAAAUUAGUAAAAAGAAAAAGGAGAAGAAAAUAAAAAGAAUUCAAGAAGUCGAUAAAAUAAACAAGUCGUAACAAUUGAGAUUUAAAAAA